AGGUAGAUGCAAUGUUUUGAACACAGUGGAGCGAAUUUACUAACUUCUGUAGUUUGCAGACUUUCAAACUAAUUAGAUGAUGUCUCUGGAAAGCAUGCAUAGCAAUUUUAACGCAGGUAGGUAGAACCACAGAAGGACAUUUGAAUAAGAAUCGCUUGUCUCUUUCUUCUCUUGCUCUCUCUCUCUGUCUCUCAUUCACUUGUCAAAAUACUAAAUAAGCACAGAUGCCAAUCAUUCAAAGAUAAUGAAUCUCUAAACUGAUGUAGCAUCAUAAUGACAAUGCAGUCUGUAAGCCUAACUCUCCAACUCUAACUGUCUCAUGGCACUGAGUUGUCUGCUUUGAAAUCUUCCACAUGGGGAUGUUUUCCAUAUCCGUCCAUCCAUACUGUACAUGUAUACUGUACUGUACCAUAUCACAGGACAACAGCAUGUCACAGGUUUGGACUACGACUUUUCUAGCGCCAUUGCUUCUAUUGCUUAUCAAACGUUUAAUAGCAACUGUGCCAUUUUUGCUACUAUCCUCUCAUGACUGCAGAGGGUGACAAUGUCAUAACACUUAGAUCCAGUGGGUAGGAUUAUAAGGGUGCACCAUGUGAAAUAAAACACACCAUCUUGGAUGCCCCAUAUGGUAGAUAAGACAGGGUUAAGUGCACCGUUUCAGUGCCCUUCUUGUGUGUUGGUGCCCUUCUUAUUUUAUUUCUUUUCACCCCCGCCCCUCAAACAUCUGAUGUCCUCCAACUAUUAAUACCAAAUUGUAAGGCAUCAGACAAAAAGCAGAACAAAAAAAAGAGCAGCCAGGUCCAUUCUACAAACAUCAGAACAUCACUUAGUUACUUAUUAAAUUUAAGUGACUACAGAUCAUUUUGACAUAGGAUCACACCAUCUGCCACACUGUCAACAUAUUCCCACUCUGAACAAACGGCUACUCAGCAGGCAUUACUACAUUAUUUCAUGAGUACUCAUCUUUGAACUCUGCCUUUUUUUUUUUUUUUUGUUUGAUUGUUUUUUAAAAAGACCCAAAAUGCAGGAGGCAGAUCUCAGAGAGCUUUAAUCCAAAAUGGGUUCGGUACACAGGUAAUCAGUCCAAGACAAGCAAACAAAUCCAGAGCGUCGAAGAAACAGCAAUACGUCAGGUAACCAAAAGACACUCAGAACUCCAGGAACUCACUGGAAUGUGACAAGCCAAGAUGAACUGGCACGAAAGCCACUGCAGGCUUCCCCAAUGAAACAAAGUGCUAGAAAGGUUUAACUAAACCAUCGCUGCCAAGCAGCUGACCCAAUAACCGAAAUUGUCCGGGAGACCUAGAAAACACAAAGCUAUUGACAACACAUGCACACAAAGUAGUGAGUUUGUGAAACCCUAGGGAGAACCUCUCACUACCUCUGAAGGUGAGAUAAUGAGUCAGCACAGAGCACUGCAGACUCAGGGUCUAUGAAGGCUCCCCACACCUGGGCCUAAUCAAAGUCAAUCAGAGCCACACACCUGGUUGCAGUGAGUGUUACUCUCGCCACUCUCACAGGGCCGAAAGAUUGAGUGCCCUCACAGCUCAUACCAUGCCUGUUUUCUAAUUCAGCCUUCCUUUUAAUCUCAGCAAUACAGCCAUAAUUUCUUAUGGCUUUAUCCGCAAAAAUCUGUCCACGGACAGAAGGGUGGACAGAUAAACACCUGGCAAAGUACUCAGAAUCCUUUCUUUGUAUAUUCCUGAUACCAAAGGUAUCUCCAGAAAUACAUUUGGCCAUUAUGACACACACAUACACAGACUUGAAAACUAAAAGCAUAUCAAGCCGACACUGUUGGGGCACAAAACCGCCUUCCUAAUGGUUGUUGGAUGAGAGAAUAUCAAAUUGGGACAAGAUGUGAAGGUCGCUUCUACGGGCAAGAACAUUAUUACUGGUGUGACAGAGUUUGGAAGAAUCAAAUCAAAGGAACCUGAGGAGGAUGGUGUGAAGCCAGCAGGACAUGAUAAGAUCUGUGGUUCAUCAUAGAUGUGUGGCUGAUGGGUAAUGGAAAGGGUCUCACAAAUCUGUAGUGGGGCCAUGUCAAACUAAAACCAGCUCUGAACCAGGAUAGAGGAAAAAUCCCCAGAAAGAGAAAGAAAAAAGGUUAAGAGCACAAUAAAACAUUUAAAACCAAGUGUAUUUAAAACUCUUGGACUAUUGGGAGGAAGUCCACCAGUAAACAUUUUUGUGAGAAAGGUGUUUAAGGAAUAAGUCAAGGAGGUAGAUGUCUAGACUCCUGGGGGAGGACAUUUAAUGAUUUAUACUGAUGAGACUUUGCAUACAUUUAGUGGGGAUGGGGCAUUUAUAUACAGAAUUAAGAACGGCUGAGACUUCCUGGCAAGAUGUCAAUACACAAUGCUCAAUUUACUGCAAUCAUGUGGAAAUCUAUAAAAGAGAAAGUGAUAAGCAGUGUUCCGCAACAGCUUCUAUAAAUAAAGGAAAAUCAAAAAAUGCGACCAAGUGAUAUUGACAACAGAGAAAAUCUAUAAAGUUGUUGCAAAGUGGGCUCCAUGUGGAAGAAGAGUCUGAGCAAGAAAGUAUUUGAAAUAACUAAUAAGGCAUUUAAGUGGAGUGAUUCGUAUUUCACACCAGCCCAGGCCAACAGAAUGCCACAGCAUCAUCCGGCUAUUCAAAUGUGGCAGAAGGAAGGAGAGAUUGAAUAAAAUGCCAGGUCAUUCUAUUUGGCACAGCCAUGUGUGAAAUAGGCUUUGAAACAGUCGGGUUUAGCACAGAUAAAGAGGACGUGGUUAUUCUGGGCUCUGGUCGAUAAACAUGCAGUCUGAGAGUGUGACUGACAAUAUUUCUUCCCAUUUUGGAACAAAACAUCAGAGAGAAACAAAGGCAGCAGAUGUGAGAGCAUCCUCCACAACUCAGAGCUUUUUUUUUUUUAAUCUACAGACUCAGUUGCUGACUGAAGGGAAUAUAAUGCUGCUGGAUGAUAAGUGGCUUUGAAUGUGAGCAAAAGUUGCUGAAGCCUGACAGAACAAAUGUGUGAAGAUGAUAAACAUGUGAUGUAAUUUUGAUGGGAUAAAACAAACUGAAAAAAAAAAAAAAAGAAAUUCUAGAGUCAGUUUUUCAUCAAAACAUUUUGCUAGGCAUGUAAGACUAUCUUUGACCAUGAAUUCAAAAUUUCAAGGAAAAACACUUCCUCACUCACAAACGACACACACAAUUUUGUAUGUCACUUCAGGGGAAUUAACAUAGUCUUGCAUUUAUUUCCUGGAGCUUUACCCUGACCCCUGACCCUACACGCUACACCCUACACUCUAACCCAAACCCCGACCUUGCCCUAACCCUGAUCUUGACCACUGAGCGUGACUCACUAUGUAUUAUUAGAACAUGACUUAUAAUGAUAAUAACAGAAUUAAUGAGCUUUAUUCAUAGUGCACUUUUUAAACAAGGUUACAAAGUGCUUCACAGAAAGGGAAAUAAUUAAAAGAGUUAAAGCAACAGUUUAAAAAGAAGCCAAAAACACAACAAGAUUAUUACAAAACAUCUGUGGAUGAAAUAAAGCUGAGUGUGAGCAAAAUUAUAAAACAUAAAAAUGUAUUUAGGAAUUCAUAAACACCUCCCUUCGUCCUGCUAAGAACUACAACUUUGUGUCUCUGCUCGAUAAUCAACAGAGUAUCUCUGCAACUGCAAGCUCUACUUGAAUAAUCAAGGGAACACUUGAGAUAUUUGUUCAGAUGUGUAAGCAUAAGUUUAAAUGUCACCGGGUCUGAGUCAAUUAAAUUGGCACACAGCAUCAGUACAGAUUUAAUUACAAUUCUAGAAUGGAUAUCUCUUUAGAAUGAUGCAGCUGCAGCUCCAAAUCUCUAGCAGACCAGAGCAAAAUAUCUGCCAGCUUUUAUGCUAAUAAAAUGAAUCAAAACAAUUAAAGAUUGACUGAUUGAUUGACACAUGAGGACACAGGCUGCAGUUGGAGCUGUGCACAUGAGGCAAUCUCACCGACAUCUUCAACCUUCGUGAUGCAGCAUCUCGCUAACAUCUCACAGAGCACCCAGGCCUAAUGCUCUCUGGUUUUGUUUACAACAACCCCCCCCCCCCAAAAAAAAACACACUGCCAGCCUACGAAAUACCAAGCUUUGAUUCUCUCCAGACUCCAAACAGAGCACUCCACUGGCCUGAAUUCCCAAACCAAUCAAUAUACGAGCACAUAAACGUCUCGGGCUUCUUCACAAGCCUAUUUAUGACCCAUAAACCUUGUCAGGGUCACAUCAAUUUACCGCGACGGAGAUGUGUGAGGACUCCAAAUGAGGGGCAGCGAGGCCAUCUAGUGGCUUGACGUGGAAAGGACCUGUUUGGCUCCCGUCAAACAAUUCAAACCUGCCAGUCAUCUGCACGGCAGUCAUGGAUUCAUUUGUCGCUAAACAGAAACACCUGCUGCCCGUCAGCCGCUCACCACCCUGUCUGUUGGGACAGGACACAUGGAGGCGUCCUCUAAUGACGAAACAAGAGGUUUUUGAGCUUUAUUCGCCUUUAAGUUGGAGCGCUGAUUUUCUUUCUUUCUUUCUUUCUUUCUUUCUUUCUUUCUUUCUUUCUUUCUUUCUUUCUUUCUUUCUAUUUAGUCUUCCAUUGCUGUAAUUUCAUAACGUGUGCUGACCACAUCCUCACCAAUCUUUAAGACAAUACCUUAUAUUUGGAUUAAACAUUAGGCGCGCACACGCUCCCUCUUCUACGAGAGAGAGAGAGCGACACUACGGACUAUUAAUUACCUUUUGUUAUUUAUUUAUUCAUUCAUUCAUUCAUUCUCCCAGCUCUGCUCUUCAGCCGCUCACCGUGAAGCGGCUGUGCCAUCACUGAAGGCUCAGAGCGCACGGCUCCGCUCACAGACCGAAGCCAAGUGCUCAUGCUGUCAUGGAUUAAACUAUUUGAAGAAGCAUAUGGAGUAGGAACAAGACUGAAUUUCGACUGCAGGCUGCUGCAGAUGCAUUUUACCUGGGAAGCAGGCACUUUUUAACUUGGACGUACUUUGGAUUUUUUUCCCGAUGGAUUUCUUAAACGGUUCUGAUUUCUCUCUCGGAGAUUCUAAUGCAACAACAACAGCUGUAGACGGGGCCCCUCACUGCAGUGCCAUCCUCCAUGUCAUCUUUGGCAUCAUCUGUUUUCUGGGUAUCAUGGGCAACUGUAUUGUCAUCUACACAAUCAUGAAGAAGACCAAGUGUCGAGCCAAGCAAACGGUCCCAGAUAUCUUCAUCUUAAAUCUGUCCAUAGUUGAUCUCCUGUUUCUUUUUGGGAUGCCAUUCCUAAUCCACCAGUUGCUGGGCAAUGGUACCUGGCACUUUGGAGAAGCGAUGUGUACGGUCAUCACUGCUCUCGACUCCAAUAGCCAGAUUGUCAGCACUUACAUCCUCACUGCAAUGACCCUCGACCGUUACUUGGCUACAGUCCACCCCAUCCGCUUCAACUACAUCCGCACACCUUGUGUGGCAGCGCUGGUCAUCGGCCUGGUGUGGGUUCUGUCCUUACUCACCAUCAUCCCUGUGUGGAUGUACGCAGGUCUGAUGCCUCUCCCAGACGGCCUGGUUGCAUGCGCUCUCCUUCUGCCUGACCCGGUCACCGACAUAUACUGGUUUACACUUUACCAGUUCUUCUUGGCAUUUGCAAUCCCUCUGGCCAUCAUUUGUUUGGUGUUCUUCCAGAUCCUCCAGCACAUGUCCACCAGCGUGGCACCGCUGCCUCCACGGAGUCUGAGGGUGCGCACCAGGAAGGUGACUCGAAUGGCAGUGGCUAUCUGCCUGGCCUUCUUCAUCUGCUGGGCCCCAUACUAUAUCCUUCAGCUUGUCCACCUCGGGGUGCAGAAGCCGAGCCUGGCUUUCUCCUAUGCCUACAACAUAGCCAUUAGCAUGGGCUACGCCAACAGUUGCAUCAACCCUUUCCUCUACAUCGUCCUAAGUGAGACCUUCAAGAGGCAGUUUCUCAGAGCCGUGCGGCCUGUUAAUAGAAAGUUCCGCGUGGCCCCGAGUACCACAGAUGGUGGCAGUGUGAGUGUGAGAAUGGUACCUGAAGGGGCUCAGCAGGAGGUGCGGGCCUCUGCGGAGAUGCUACCAUCCAAUGUGACCUCACCAUGAAUACGAAUCUGUGAAUACAGAUCAAAAGAACUUGACUUAAAAGCUCUAUGGGAUGAGACAUAAGUGCAAACACACACACGGACACACGCACACACACAAACACACACCCAAAAGAUAUGUACACUAAUUGGUAAAAAUGGGAAGCUCAUGGUAAUUUCAGAUGGGGCUUAUUUUUCGAACCUGCUCUGAUCAUGACAAACCAUCUGUUUAACAAACCAUCUGUUAAGAUCACAUAACUACAUUUUCCUAUUUUCAUAGCUCAUGUUUAAAAUGUUUUUUUUUUCAUCUCACACUCAGGGGGAUAUGAAUCAGACUCCUGUUGUUUAUUCAUUUUAAGAAUGGUGUAAAGAAAUUGUUAAUUUAUGCAGCUUGGGUAAUUACAGGUUUUUCUACCAGUGCUGACAUGUAUUUACUUCAGUUCAUACCAGCAAAAGUGAAUCCACCUCUUUUUUGUGUCCACACACAUAUCCACAUAUCCAUUGUUUUAUUGUCUCUGCUUUACGUUCAGUCUGAUGACAACUUAAGACAUCCGGUGGGGCUGACCAGGACCAUACCCACGACUGUAAAUAACAGGUCUGGCUAGUGAACAGUGAACUUAUCCUCUAACCAUUUCAACACAGACCAUUUUCUUCCAGAAAAAAUAAAUAGCCCAGAGUACCAGUAGGUCCUGGCUGGCAAGCUAUUAUCUGGUAACAAGGGGAGUAAACGUCACAAACAAUUGCUGCUCAGGGCGGCCUUUCAAAACAGAUAUCAGAGUAAACUUU